AUCGACGGUCACCUUCGCAUCGGGACUCGGAAUCCCGGGCCCGACAAAUCAAGCCCCUCAAUUUUUGACCGCUCAGCAUCGCGGGCAUUCACAAAAUCAUAAUUGCUGCCUCUGCUUUGUUCAGCACUAAAGCUAGGGUUCGCACUCCAUUAUUAUACUUCAAGCAUCGCGCUUUAUUGAUUGAAGUCUGCUUCAAUUCACGCUCCGUAACUGUAAUUGCUUGCGCUAUUCGUUUACAUCUCCUUUGUUUGUGUGAUUUAUUUGGUUUGUUUGCGGAUUUUGGGAUACUAUUCAUAUAUAUGCUCGAUUGAGUAAAGCUUGUUACUGGAUUUCGUUCGUAUGCUGGUUUUCGUCCUUAAGUGCGUGUUUAAUUUCGCAACUGUUGUUAAUUUUUGGUGGAAUUCGGAUGAGCAAUGAAAUUUAGCUUCUUGGAGAGAUGGGAUGUGUUUUUGGCAAAGAGGCGUCGUCUCCUGGGCCAUCUGGAGGCGAUUUCGGUAGAGAUAGAGUAGGAGGUGAAGAUUUGUCAAGGAAGGGGGAGAAAGCGGUGGAUGGUUCAGUAAAUAAGGCUGAGGGAGGUGGCGGCGGCGGUGGUGGCGCCACCGCCGGAGAAGUUCAGAACGGAGGGGAUAAUAAUAAAAAUGAAGUUAAGGAUGAGCGUGUGAAGCCAUCGAGAAAGGAGAAGAGGAAGGCUAGGCUGAAUCCUAGGCUGAGUAAUCCACCUAAGCAUGUUGAAGGUGAGCAAGUUGCUGCUGGAUGGCCUCCAUGGCUCGUGGCAGUUGCCGGCGAGGCUCUUAGUGGAUGGGUGCCUCGUCGGGCGGAUACCUUUGAGAAGCUCGAUAAGAUUGGACAAGGUACUUAUAGCAACGUUUAUAAAGCUAGAGAUACUUUGACGGGCGAAAUUGUGGCAUUGAAGAAGGUUCGAUUUGAUAAUUUAGAGCCCGAGAGUGUGAAAUUUAUGGCUAGGGAAAUUUUGAUUCUCCGCCGCCUGGAUCAUCCAAACAUUGUGAAAUUGCAAGGUUUGGUGACGUCUAGGAUGUCGUGUAGUUUGUAUCUUGUGUUUGAUUAUAUGUCACAUGAUUUAGCUGGCCUUUCGUCAAGUCCUAGCAUCAAGUUUACAGAGCCUCAGGUCAAAUGCUAUGUACAUCAACUAUUGUCCGGCCUUGAACAUUGCCACAAUCGACAUGUCUUACAUCGGGAUAUUAAGGGUUCCAAUCUUCUAAUUGACGAUGAUGGAGUUCUUAAGAUUGCUGAUUUUGGGUUAGCUACCAUCUUUGACCCCAACAACAAACAGCCCAUGACGAGCCGUGUAGUAACCCUUUGGUAUAGACCGCCCGAGCUGCUGCUUGGAGCCACCGACUAUGGUGUAGGCGUGGACUUGUGGAGCGCUGGGUGCAUUUUAGCUGAGUUAUUUGCUGGAAAGCCCAUCAUGGCUGGGCGUACAGAGGUGGAACAGCUUCACAAGAUUUUUAAGCUAUGCGGUUCGCCAUCUGACGAAUAUUGGAAAAAGUCGAAGCUGCCUCAUGCAACCAUAUUCAAGCCACAGCAAGCAUACAAAAGGCGAAUAAAAGAUGUCUUCAAAGAUUUUCCCCAGUCGUCGCUUCCUUUAAUUGACACUCUUCUUGCAAUUGAUCCUGCCGAGCGUCAAACUGCUACAGUUGCUUUAAGGAGCGAAUUCUUCACAACUAAACCUUAUGCCUGUGAACCUUCGAGCCUUCCAAAGUAUCCUCCAAGCAAGGAGAUGGAUGCCAAGCGUCGGGAUGAAGAAGCUAGAAGGUUAAAAACAGCCGGUAAAACACAUGCUGCCAGCUCAAAGAAAACACGGGUGCGUGAGCAAGCAUCACGGGCAAUGCCAGCCCCUGAAGCCAAUGCAGAGCUGCGAGCCAAUAUCGAUAGGCGACGUCUGAUCAACCAUGCAAAUGCAAAGAGCAAAAGCGAAAAAUUCCCUCCUCCACACCAAGACGGAGGACUCGGCUACACCAUGGGGCCUUCUCAUCACAUAGAUCCAACCUUCGAUCCUCCCGAUGUCCCUUUCAGUACAAUGAAUUUUUCAUACGCCAAAGAACCAAUCGAAACAUGGUCAGGCCCAUUGGCUGAUCCCACCGGGGUCGGUGCUCCAAGAAGAAAACUAAAGCCAUCGAAGAAUAAAGGCUCUGUUCUGAAUACUCGAGAAUGAUAUGAUACCGCAACUUUCAUCAGGUAAUUGUGCCGUAAAAACUGCCUAAUUGUUUGAGAGAUUGAUUAUACAUUCGUCUGUCCCUUUUGUCUUGUUUCCGGCAUUCUUUUUUGGGAUCGUGAAAAAGGUACACAACUUUCGGGCGUUUCUUUUUUUGUAAAUUCUGAAAACUUCCUUGCGCUCAUCGACAAACUAUAAUUUUUUUUAUUAGUGCCGCAUCACAGCAUGCAUUGCCGGAUUGAUAUUUUCGUUUUCAUUUUUUGUCUUAAAUGUCGUAGACAGUCGAAGGAGAAGAUAGUUUUUCGCACCCGUUGUUUGUUUGUGUGUUUUGUUGUCAAUUAUGUUAGAAAUGAAUGUGUUGAAUGUUUUGGCCUACUGUCGUCUUCAGCAUAAUAUAAUGUAGCUGCGAAUGAACGAACCUCUACUCUCUUAUAGUUAUAAACUGCUAUUCGACUCUU